AUGCCCGAAAUCAUCGACGACAAAUCCCAACACUGCAUCCCGUUCCUACUGGAACGCCUAAAAGCCCACCAAGCGCGGCAUCCCACCAAUACCCCGCCAUUCUUCCUCGGUCUGAACGGCGUCCAGGGUGCCGGCAAAACAGUCCUGGUCUCCACCCUCCAAUCCACCCUUCGAUCCCCGCCCUACUCCCUCUCCGUGGUCACUCUGUCCCUCGACGACCUCUACCUCACCCACGAGGAACAGCGUAACCUAGCCAAGGCUCAUCCCUCGAAUCCUCUUCUCCAGCACCGCGGCCAACCUGGGACUCAUGAUCUAGCGCUAGCAGAAGAGGUGUUUGCUUCUCUGCGGGCGGGUCGUCGCACGGCGGUUCCGGCGUACGAUAAGUCCGCGUUUUCGGGACAGGGGAAUCGGGUUCCGGGGGAGCAGUGGGAGAUUGUGAAUCAGGAUGGGGAGGAGCAGGUGAAGGUUGUCAUCUUCGAGGGGUGGUGUGUUGGGUUCCGAGCGUGGGAUGAGGAGGUGUUGCGGGGGAAGUGGGAGGAGGCGGUUCGGCGGAGGGAGCAGGGUGGUGGUUCAUAUAAGGGGAGAUUGGGAUUCGUGGAGUUUGAGGAUGUCAAGACGGUCAACAAUGCGCUGAGGAGAUAUGAUUUGAUUACGGAUCAGUUGGAUGCUCUGAUUCAUAUAGAUGCGCAGGAUCUGCAUUUCGUCUAUGAUUGGCGACAGGAGCAGGAGAGGACACUUCGCGCUGCUAAGGGGACUGGGAUGACUGAGGAACAGGUUACUCAUUUUGUCAACGGCUGUGAGGGUCAUUUAUUGGAAGCUUGGGAUGAUAAGCUGAUUGAAGAUUUAGAUUAUCCGUCUUAUGAACUUUUCAGCGAAACCCUCCGGCAGGGCGCUUUCAAGCCUGUCCCCCAUGCUACUACCGCAUCAGCUCCAUCGACUGGGUGGGAAGGAAGGCAGCUUCGUUUGGUCGUGGAUAAGAACAGAAAAGUUCAAGAGGUCAUUCGAAUCUAA